UUGCCAUUGACAAAAGGUGCAGAGCAAAUAAGCGAGAGGAAACGGGACUCCAGAGCCGCAGACCCUCCAGGGAAGAACGAACGGAGACGUACGGAGCCGCGGCAUCGAGCAGCGUGGUCCUGGGGCCGAGAGGGAGCGCGGACAUGGACGUCUAUUGCAAUGACGUCAUCUCACUUGAGCAGUGUCAGUGCAGUGGCCGGUGUCCGGUGUCCAGCCUCUCGCUCCAUUCUGAUUCUUAACAGCAGCAUACAGUCACACAGGGCAGUGGCAAAACAAAAGUGUUCGCACCCUUCCCUCUUUUGUGUUUGAAACCUCCUUGUUCGUUCUAGUCAUGUGUUUACACGCCCCCACACGUAUAUAUAGUAAUAACUAGCCAUAUACUAUGAAAUACGCGAUUGAAAAUGAUGUAAUAUGUAAUGUGCAACAGGCCCGUCCCGCCGCCAGUGACGGUUCGGCUCGGAACCCGCUGUCUCUACACGCGAUGGAGCCGCACAACGCGGCGGUCCUGAUUGGGCACACCUCUAAAACCGGCCAAUGACUAGAGAGCUGCCGCGCAUGCGCCCAGCACCUGGAGCGUAUCGAUUAUCUGUUUUGUACUUGGCAGCGUUGUGAUUGGGCACGCCUCCUAAAAGCUACCGUUCCCAUUGGUUAAGGCUCUUCUUCAACAGCGCCGAGGCCCCCAGGAAUAUCGAACGUGUGCUUUGUAAAUGGCCGAAACGCCCUUCGCCCCUCCUUGGACAGCGCGCUUCCCGGGUACCGUGGUCGGCUGAUGUGAGGCCAGUUUCUAUCUAACCAAUCCGCUGUAAGACAACACGGUGGCGUGCCCGCGCACGGUAUCCUUCCGCCAGUGGCUCUGGGUAGUUAGUUCCGUUUGUAGAUCGUGUCAAUAAGUUCACACGUUGAGUUCCUGAGUGGCCAAAGCGAUACUUUUUAAAAUAAUGUUCAGGUGAAAACGCUUAUGCUCUUAAUACAGUUAGAUCGAGACUAACGUUAGAACAUGACCGGGCAACUUGACCGUUAAAUGUCCUCAAGGAGGAGCGCGCUGCUGCCGCACAGCGGGACGGUUUGUAAAAUAGGACGUUUUUAUAGGAAUUUUGCUUAAAACAAAGUGGAAUUAAUAGGAAAAGACUUUUUACUAAAGGAAUUUAGUUGUGUUGUUGUUAAAAUCUCCUCCUUCAUUUCAGUUAACUUUAAAGCAUCAACAGCCCGUAAGAUUACAAUUAUUAUUUCGGCCAGGUAUCACGUCAUGACAUUUAUAAGAGUGAAUACCGAAAGUCUUUUCAAUAAACGUUCUUAAAGUGCUGCGUUGACUUUUUCUACACGCAUAAAAACAAAAGGGUGAGGGUUUCAUCCUCAAGCCGCCAGUACGUUGUCCUUGGUCAGCACUCGCUGUCGGGGAGGAGAAUUGGGGGCGCUCUAUAUUGUUGGGCGGACGGACACGUGCGAGCGCGGCUGGAGGCCGAACGGCGGCUCUGUGGGCGGGUCCAACCUCGCGCAGUUUAACGCACGGGCGGAGGAAGAGCGCCGGCACUUGCGAAUGAAUCGGAGCGGCGGGCGGAGGCGCUGCAGGGGACGAGGACAGCGACAGCGAGGGGGACAGGGACAGCGACAGCGAACUACCACGGCCCGGGUCCCAGUGUGAGUCGCCAUCAGCUUCCCGCAAUGUCUAAAGACAUGGAUCAUGGGAAGAGCGAGGAGAUUAUGGAGGCCAAGGUGCUGUGGUACCCGGACUCCAAGAAGAACACCCAGAUGGACAGAUUCAGGGCGCAGGUGAACCGGGACUUCGGCCUUAAUCUGGGCAACUACAACGAGCUGUACCAGUGGUCGGUGGAGAGCUACGCGGAGUUCUGGGCCGAGGUGUGGAGGUUCUGCGGCGUCCUGGGCUCCAGGGCCUACGAAGAGGUGGUCGACACGUCCAAGAGGAUUUCGGACGUCCCCGAGUGGUUUAAGGGCAGCCGUCUGAAUUACGCCGAGAACCUCCUCAAGCACAAGGACCCGGACAAGGUGGCGCUCUACGCAGCUAAGGAAAACACAGAGGAGAUCACCAAGGUGACCUUCAGGGAGCUGUCCCGAGAAGUGGCCCUCUUUGCUGCCGCCAUGAGGAAGAUGGGUGUCCGCACCGGAGACAGAGUUGUAGGGUAUCUGCCAAACGGAGUCUAUGCCGUAGAGGCCAUGUUGGCUGCGGCCAGCAUCGGCGCUAUCUGGAGCUCCACAUCACCGGAUUUCGGGGUCAAUGGGGUUCUGGACCGCUUCUCGCAGAUCCAGCCCAAGCUCAUUUUCUCCGUGGCGGCUGUGGUUUACAAUGGCAAGCAACAUGACCACAUGGAGAAGCUGCAAAGUGUUGUCAAAGGGCUGCCGGAUCUCCGGAAGGUGGUUGUCAUUCCGUAUGCCCGCUCUAGGGAGGAGACGGACCUCUCUCGAAUACCCAACAGUGUUUUCCUUGAGGACUUUCUGGCCACCGGCAAGGAAGGAGACCAGGACCCCCAGCUGGAGUUUGAGCAGCUGCCCUUCAGCCACCCGCUCUUCAUUAUGUACUCCUCAGGGACCACUGGAGCCCCCAAGUGCAUGGUGCACUCUGCAGGGGGCACCCUGAUCCAGCACCUGAAGGAACACGUCCUUCAUGGCAACAUGACAAGCAGUGACAUCAUCAUCUACUAUACCACGACGGGCUGGAUGAUGUGGAACUGGCUCAUUUCCUCGCUGGCGGUGGGGGCUUCCGUGGUGCUGUAUGACGGCUCCCCCCUCGUUCCUACCCCCAACGUCCUUUGGGACUUGGUCGAUCGGCUGGGAAUCACAAUAUUUGGAACUGGAGCAAAGUGGCUCUCUGUGCUGGAGGAAAGGAAUCUGAAACCAGUGGAGACGCACAACCUGCAGUCUCUCCACACCAUCCUGUCUACAGGCUCCCCACUGAAGGCCCAGAGCUACGAGUACGUGUACCGCUGCAUCAAGAACAACGUGCUGCUCGGCUCCAUCUCGGGUGGCACCGACAUCAUCUCCUGCUUCAUGGGGCAGAAUACGACAGUGCCCGUCCACCGUGGGGAAAUCCAGUCUCGCAACCUGGGUAUGGCUGUGGAGGCCUGGAAUCAUGAAGGGAAGCCCGUGUGGGGGGAGAGCGGCGAGCUGGUGUGUCUGAAGCCCAUCCCCUGCCAGCCCACCCAGUUCUGGAAUGAUGAGAAUGGGAGCAAAUACCAGAAGGCAUAUUUCUCCACCUUCCCGGGUGUUUGGGCUCAUGGAGAUUACUGCAAGAUCAACCCCAAGACCGGCGGAAUAGUCAUGCUUGGCAGAAGUGAUGGGACCUUAAACCCCAAUGGAGUGCGCUUUGGAAGUUCUGAGAUCUAUAACAUUGUGGAGGCCUUUGAGGAAGUAUCAGACAGUGUCUGCGUGCCCCAGUACAACAAGGAUGGAGAGGAGCGAGUGAUCCUCUUCCUCAAGAUGGUACCGACCAAGAGCUUUGAGCCUGAGCUGGUGCAGCGCAUCCGCACUGCGGUUCGCACGGGCCUCUCCGCCCGCCACGUUCCGGCCCUCAUCCUGGAGACGCAAGACAUUCCUUACACCAUCAGCGGGAAGAAGGUGGAGGUGGCCAUCAAGCACGUGAUUGCGGGGAAGGAGGUGACACAACGCGGGGCCUUUUCGAACCCUGAGGCCUUGGAUCUCUACAAAAACCUGCCUGAGCUCCAGGGCUUCUGAGCUGCUGCGCUAGCCUUGAAGAACUCUUUCACCUCCGUGCUUCAUGUGUUCGUCAGGCUGCUCUUGCUGUGGAGGGGCAGUGAGGGUGCGCCAUCCUGUUUUGGCCAACUGAGAAACAGCUGUGUCUUUUCUGUCGGGUUUAGUUUCUUUCUUCCCCCGUUUACUUUUGUUACUCGUUUGUUCAUGUUAAUGUGUGUUUAACGCUUCAAGAAAUGUCUUCAGUUACAAUCCAGGAGCAGAGACCUGGAGUACGAGCUGCUUCUCAGUCAUGAGCAGUGGAGGCUCCAGGCACAGGAACGAUAGAAGGAGUCUUAUUGCACACCGGACCUGUGGGCCCAUGGAGGUUCUGUUCUUAAUGCUUCUGGAUUUAGGAACUGGUCCUCCCUUGAGGUGAAGCACCUGUCAGUGGUCAGUGAAGACACAGGAUAUUGUUUAUAAUUUGUGUUGUCAAAAGCAAUAUUUGAAACCAGUUACGGUAUUUUGGUAGCAUUUUAAAACCUGAUAAGUGUGAAGCGAAUGUCACUUUGAAGAAUUUCUCCACACCUUUGAAUUUUAUGUAAUUCUUUUAAGUAGAAGACCUGAAAACAAGGUCUUUGCGGCAAGGAACUAAAAACCAAAAGACCCGGUUUGUGUGUGUCCUGCUGGCGAGUGGUGACGUCUCUAAAUCGAUUUGGCAAGAACACAUUUGAGUUUCUGCCGUGUUUGUCAUCUCAGCCUUCUAUGCAUGCUUUAAAAAGGCCUUCAACCCUCCCUCUGUGUGGAAGAAUAAUAUUUCUGCUUAAUGUCUGUACAUGCAGUUAGAGCUUUAACAGUCCAAAGCUUGAGCCACCUACGAGUCACACUUAAUGCUUCAAGUGAGCAAUAUGUUGUUGGAAUCUUGGAACAAUGUCCCAUAUUAACAAUUCUUGUUCUACCCAAGUGAAUUAUGAAUCUACUGAAGUGUGUUUGUUGCUCAACUACAUUGGUAAGAAUUUUACCCAUUAAUGAUAAAUGGCAAAGAUGUAAUGAACACAGCACUACACAUUAGACUAACAGUCCCUUUGCCCUGAGAACUUGGUCUAAAAGAUACCUGGCUGCUGACUCAAGUGCUCACCUCCAUGACCGCUCAUUUUGUGUUACCUUUAGCUUUCCGGCACGUGUGCACCUUGAAAUUCAGGUGAGGUGACUGAGCCACCUACACAGUUCGUAAGUGUCACUGAGCACUGAGGUGGACCGGCAGCACUGCAGCUGGACACAAGGAGGAGUCUUGCUGUGUUCUCCUUGGAUGUGGCAUCUGAUACCUUGUUCAACCAUUGCCGGUGGUCACCAGAACUUUCUGCAACGGGAAACCAUCUCUUGUCUCCUCAGUGCUCUCUCUGGCUCUGCAGGGGCUUCCUGCUUCAUCUCAGCACAGCCAUGUUGAAGGGCACCCAGGGGACCACAGGCUCAUCUCCUGACCCUCGCGGUGUCUCCUCUCGCCUCACAUGUCCAGGUGCUGCUCUUAUGCUGCACUGUGUUUUAUGUACCUCCAUGAAGCCCAGAAGACGUAUUUGCCAUCAGAGAGCAUUUACCAGGCCUCAGUGAUGUCUACUCCUCCUCCCUGAAGUUGCUUUCAAGCUGCUGUGACAUGUGUACUGCAUCAACCUGUUGGACCUUCCACACGUUGUUCUUUUCGGAAAUAGGGGGAACUCAUGGUGAAACCAAGACCAAGAUGCCUUUUUGAUCUCCGGAGGUAAAAGUGGGCAGUUCCCCACUGAGGAUUUCCUGUACAUUUGUUCCCGUGUGUUAUGCUAAGAAAUGUCCCUAGUGUUUUUAUUUGUACAAGGUCUAUGAAUGACACUGUAGCGAUGUAAAAAUGUUUUACUAAUUCUGUUGUUUUCUGGCAAUUAUCUAAGAUUAUAUCUAAGUAUUUUUGAAGUUAAUGUCGGAGAGGGAAGAGGGAAUUUCCUGUAAUGGCUUUAUGUCAUUGGUUAUUUCAUUUUUAUUGCACUUGAAUGUGGAAAAAACAACCAUCCUUAGUGGCCUGUCUGCUGAGUAGUUCAAAACGGUACCUUAUAUACAUUAAAUAUAUACACAUAUGUACAAGUGCAUACACACAGAUUGGUAAUGGAGCCGGUAGCUAAA